AAAUUUCCUUCUUCCCCCAUCUCCUCCUCGCCGUCCCUCCUUUCCUCCCGUCGCGGCUAGGGUUAGGGUCGUCUCGCCAAGUCGCCAUGAUGCAGCAGCCCCCGCCGCCGCAGCCGCAGCCGGGCAUGGCGCCGCCUCCUCCUACUCAGGCCGGUGGAGGGCAGCCACCGCAGUGGGGCGGGAUCCCGCCGCCGAUGACGCAGCAGUACGGCGCACCGCCUCCGCAGCAGCCUCCGGCGAUGUGGGGCCAGCCUCCGCCGCAGGCGCACUACGGGCAGGCGCCACCUCCUCAGCCGUACUACGCCGCGCCUCCUGCGCCCGCGCCGGCGCCGGCCGCCCCCGCUGCGGCGGACGAGGUCAGGACGCUCUGGAUCGGGGACCUGCAGUACUGGAUGGACGAGAGCUACGUCUUGGGAUGCUUCUUGAGCACCGGGGAGGUUCAAAAUGUGAAGCUCAUCCGUGACAAGAAUUCAGGACAGCUUCAGGGCUAUGGUUUUGUUGAAUUUACAAGCCGUGCAGCUGCAGAGCGAGUUCUUCAGACAUACAAUGGACAGAUGAUGCCAAAUGUUGAGUUGACAUUUCGGCUGAACUGGGCCAGUGCUGGUGAAAAGCGUGAUGAUACUCCUGACUAUACCAUUUUCGUUGGGGAUUUGGCUGCAGAUGUUACAGAUUACUUGUUACAAGAGACAUUCAGGGUUCAUUAUCCCUCGGUGAAGGGUGCAAAAGUUGUGACUGAUAAAUUGACAAUGCGCACAAAGGGAUAUGGGUUUGUGAAAUUUGGUGAUCCUACAGAGCAAGCUCGUGCAAUGACUGAAAUGAAUGGAAUGCCUUGUUCUUCCAGGCCUAUGCGUAUUGGUCCUGCAGCAAGUAGGAAAAAUACAGGAGGUGUUGUUCAAGAGAGAGUACCAAAUUCUCAAGGAGCUCAGUCUGAGAAUGAUCCUAACAAUACCACCAUAUUUGUUGGUGGUCUUGACCCCAAUGUCACUGAAGAUACCCUAAAACAAGUUUUUUCUCCUUAUGGCGAAGUCGUCCAUGUUAAGAUACCUGUUGGGAAGAGAUGUGGUUUUGUUCAGUUCGUUACCAGACCUUCUGCUGAGCAAGCGCUGCUAAUGCUGCAAGGGGCCUUGAUUGGUGCACAGAAUGUUCGGCUUUCAUGGGGUAGAAGCCUGUCGAACAAGCAGGCUCAGCCUCAGCAGGAAUCCAACCAAUGGGGUGCAGCAGCGGCUGCUGGCGCUGGUGGUUACUAUGGUGGCUAUGGACAAGGUUAUGAGGCUUAUGGCAGUGGGUAUGCACAACCUCAGGAUCCUAACAUGUAUGGUUAUGGUGCUUAUGCUGGUUAUCCCAAUUACCAACAGCAACAAGCUGCACAGCAGCCACAGCAACAACAGUGAGGCGUGUUUGCUCCGGUAGGUCAUUGGGUUGUCGAGAUGGAAUUAAUUAAUAUUAUUUCAAGGCACUCUUAUAUUGCAUUCUUGUCAAUAGAGGUGGUUUCGAAAGGCUCCUGAUUUUGAUGGUCCCAUGGCCCGGUCUCAUCUAUUUAUAUCACAUAUGCCCUGUUAUGUCUAUGAACAAGUGGUGCUCUACUGUGAUUGCUGUGUUGAGACAUGCUUAAUUUCUUUCCAUGCUUCUCGGAUCUAUUGUUAUCUGUAUUACUGUGUAUUGCAAAUCUACUGAUGCUAUAUGCCUAUAUAUGCACUGUGCCGUUUCUCGCCUA